AAAAGAAGCACUGUAUUUCUGAGAUUAAAUUUUCAUAGAUUCCUUGCAAUUUUCAUAUCAGUCACAUUUUGUCCAUUUUCUUCUCUUUCAGAAAAACAAACUAACAAACAAAACCAGAAUGAAGACCUUUGUAAAUAUUUUUCUGGGAUUUUUUAUCUUUGAGUCUGUUGGAGCUGUACCUAUCACUGACACUGCAACUUAUGAUUCUGAAUUCUAUGAUGUUUCACUUGGAGAACUGCCUUACCCAUCUGUCUAUGCUGAAAACGAGCAAUCUGACCAACUAGAGACAGAGAUUGGGACUGCAAUACCUUCUAUAAUUCAAGAGAGUUAUUCUUCUGCACCGCUGACAGAAGAACCUGAGGAAGAAGCAUCAACACCAAAAUUAAUUGAUGGAUCUUCCGCACAAGGGUCUGGGGUUCUUGUGCCCCAAACUCAAGAUGGUCUUCCUACGUGCAUUUUGUGUACAUGCCUAGGGACAACAGUCUACUGUGAUGACCAUGAGCUGAAUGCUGUCCCACCACUGCCUAAGAAAACCAUGUAUUUCUACUCACGCUAUAACCGGAUCAGGAAGAUAAACAAAAACGACUUUGCUAACUUAAAUAACUUAAAAAGGAUUGAUUUGACUGCAAAUCUAAUAUCAGAGAUCCAUGAAGAUGCCUUCAGGAGACUGCCCCAACUUCAGGAACUUGUGCUCCGUGACAACAGGAUAAGGCAACUUCCUGAGCUGCCAUCUACCUUGACUUUCAUUGAUAUUAGUAAUAAUAGGCUUGGUCGCAAGGGAAUUCGUAAUGAGGCAUUUAAAGAUCUGCAUGAAUUACAGCAUCUUUACAUCACUGACAAUAACUUGGAUCAUGUUCCUUUGCCACUGCCUGAAAGUCUCCAAGCUCUUCAUCUUCAGAACAACAACAUUCAAGAGAUGCAUGAAGAUACUUUCUGCAAAAUGAGAGAUUACACUUAUGUACGCAGGGCUCUUGAAGACAUCAGACUGGAUGGUAAUCCCAUCAACCUGAGCAAAACCCCUUAUGCAUACAUGUGUCUACCCCGUUUGCCAGUUGGUAACCUCAUCUAAGCUACCACAGAAGCCAGUACUGUCACAUAUUAUGAGAAUUUUUAAAAGAGAUUAUUAACUCCCUACUACACUUACACAAAAUACAUGUUUUUCAAAUCUUGUUAUUUUGGGAAAUAUUUCCAUUAACAAUGAAAGUGAUAAUGAGAUACAGAUAAUUAUAUGGGAUGCUAUAAUACAAGUUGAUUAUCUAAACAACUGUAAGUUGCAAAGCAAUAUCAGGAAAAAUGUUUUACUUACAGAAAUAGUACUGAAGGCAAUAGAAGAUCAAUGUAAAUGCAAAAUUUUAUCCUGAAUCAAUGUAUGAUUUUGAAAUUUAAAUAAUUUUAUAUGUUGAAAUUGUGACAUAGGAGGAAAAGUAUUAAAAAGAAAAUAUAUGUGCACAAUUGAACAUUUAUCCCUUUUCAUUUGAUUAAAUAUUUUCCCUCUCAGAGACACUCACAUUUGUCUACUUUUUUUCUGAAUCAUCCCUUCACCUUAGAAGAGUACAAACAAUAUUCCAAAAGGCAUGUUUUCUCUAGAAAACAGAAUCUUUCAGUCAAUAAUAAAUCAUAGAUUAAAUAUAAAAUAUUUAUUAAUGUCUGCAGAGUUAUUCUUUAUAAUGAUGAUAAAGCCCAAAGCUGUUUUAUGUAUCUUGGGUAAACUGACCUAUUGGCUUAUCUGGCUAAUAAAAAACUCAUGUAAAAUGAA